UUUGCUUUUCUCAAGAUGAACAUCUCGAGCGAAAAUUCGACCAACCUUAGAUACUCCUGGGAGGAACCCAUAGAAUCGAACCCUCAAUUUGGAUCUAACUUGUGUGCGACCUCGCCGAGUUAUGGGUUAGACUACGCAGUUCCUCACGACGUUUACCUCCCAAACACACAACCGGCUCAUGUCGCAGAUCUCGGCGGGCUUCAGAACAACAUCAGGCCUUACGAUACAAACUGGGGUUUCUUUGAAAACUACAAUACUCCCGCCAAUUUCGAUUGCGACGGCACGAAUGAUAUUGGGGAGCCCGCGCAUCGUAUCAGAAUGAACUCAAUGGCCUCCAGUGCCUCUUCUCAAAGCUACAGCCUGACGGACGACAAAAGGAUUUACCUUCCCAGUAUCCAGUCGGAGGCCCCAGAUAUUUUGCUAGGUUGCAACACACCUUAUCGAACCGGAUCCCAAUCGAGCUAUGAUACCACUUAUUCAUCUCAUUACGAUGAUCGAAUUACUCCCCAAUCCCAUUCGAUACAUCCUGAUCAACCCCACCAAGGUGGUGUCGGCCUUCCUACCUCAUGCUCAUUUGGGGGAUAUCCCGAAAUCUACAUGCAGAGUUUCCGCAAAGAUUUUAGGGCCAAAGCACCAACCUACAGCUUGGAUAGGCCUUAUAAAUGCGACAAGUGCGGAUCGAGCUUUAGUCGGAAUCACGAUCUCAAGAGGCAUGCGCGGAUACAUUUGGAUAUCAAACCCUUUCCCUGUAGCUGUUGCGAUAAGGCUUUUGCACGCAAAGACGCACUCAAAAGACACCUGCUAGUAAAAGGCUGUUCGAAGACCAAGGAAGGUGUCUCACGCGGGAGUCCCCAAAACUCCGAAAGGCAGAAGCUAUCGAAAUCACCGAAUGCCUUAGGGCCAAAAUACGCCGGCCAACAGGACAAGUCCCUACGACCCAGCCUUGUGCAUAGCCGAAGCAACGUCAACGGAAACCAAAGUUCACCGAUUCACGUACCGAAAUCCACCGGCACCGGGAUUCCUUCGCAAUUCAACGAGAUCAAGCUCCAGAACAUUAAGUGUUCAAUGCCUAAUUUCAUGUGACAAUUAAUUCUUACUGUUUGAUUGAAUUGCGCAGUAAUUGUCAAAC